AUGAUAUUGGUGGUGGCUUUUCAGGCAUAUUCGCACAAGGGGCAUCGGACUGCUGGGGCUGGCGAGGACCGUGCGCACCGUGGGUGGGCCAGGAGAACACCCGGACUUCAGAAAUCUGGUCGAGGCCUCAGUGCUCGUGCGAGCCUCGCAACAGGCUUGCCCAAGUCGCUGAUGGAGAGCAGCCCCGGAGAGGUGCUUGUCGUGGACUGCGGAGGAAGCAACAUCGCUGUAGCGGGGGAACUCUUCUCGGCAGAGGCAAAGCGACGAAGCCUGGCGGGGAUGCUCAUCGAGGGUGCCUGCAGGGACACCGAGACCAUCGCGAGGCUCCGGUUUCCGGUGUACUGCCGCUUUGUCAACCCCAUGGCUGGACGAUGCAUCACCCUGGACAGAGAUCUCAUGCAGGUGCCCGUCACGAUCGGGGGGGUCGAGAUCAACCCCGGCGACGUGAUCAUGGGAGAUGAUGACGGCGUCGUGGUUCUCGGGAAUGACUUGGACAAAAUUCAGAAAACUGCCCUAGCUGCUUCGGAGAUCCUGCGAAACGAAAGCGCCGUGCUGACCGAGGUCCUCGACAACAACAGAUGUCUCUUGGAGUUCAUGGACAUGAUGGACAGCCACAAGAAAGUCUCCCCAGAGUGAAUGCCGUUACAAGAUGCGCAGAGACGACACCUCCCUCUAGACCGAUUUUCAACGGUCGAUUGCUCCACGAACAACCUUGUGCCAUCAACAAAAAUGGUGGUUUUCGAAGCGUCUCGUCGAGGGCUUGCCGUAGGCGUAUUGGGCUCUUUCCGCUCCCGCUUGGUUGUGGAGAAUUCGAGUGAUGAAUGUCUGAGGGGUGUCAUCUCCCCGCCUCUUGCGGUAGUCAUUUAGUGGGAUAUGCCGGGCACUAACAAGGAAGGUUGCUCCAGGCUGGAAUGGCGCCUGAUGGGCACAGCGCAAAGUCAACAAGAAGGCUUGGAGAGCAGAUGCGCCUGUCACUGUCGGCAGUAACCGCGAGAACCUAAGCGGGCGUGUUUCGUUUUUUCCAUCUCUUCAUCCCAUCCGUGUUCUGGCGCCCGUCGACACACCUUUUCGGUGUAAGAUGUGUUUGUCGCGCCACGCGUCGUCGCAAAUGAUUAUCUGUGUACACAUGCUCAAAUUUUCGUCCUGCGGUGCUUGCCCCAGUUUUGAGCCCUGGCUGAUCCAGCCCGCGUUUGUCGCUGACGUGGUGUGUGGGGUACGGAACUCGGUAUUCUCUUCGACGUUUUCGGCUUUUUUUUUUCGUGAGACAUGGUUGGAGAUUCCGUGGGCCCAGGGUUGGGUCGAGGGCACCAACGUGUGGAGUACGUUGGGUAGGUGCAGUUUUAAGUGCUAGUUGUAGAGAUGGGUGGCCUACACCGAGGCCUCGUACGUUGGCCGCUAGCAUGCAGCGUGUAGGGUUGGCCCGACGGACACUUGUUGACAAGAGGUCAAGCUUGGCGGUGCUGUCAGAGAUACACUUGUUGGACUUGACGCCACUAUGAAGACGAACAUCCCACAGCGAAGGGUAACACGUUCACGUUAAUUGGAUUGAUUCUGUUCGCG